AUGUCUAGUCAGCGUCUUGUCCUAGGCCUCCCACGUGUCUUGCCGUCGCUGCCGCCUUCGCCUGCGCCGCCGUGUCGUCCCUGCGUCGAGGGUAGGCUGCGCGCCACCCCUCACUCCUCCUCCCUUCGUCCGGCCACCGAGCCUUUUGAGACGCUUCACUUGGACGUCUGGGGCCCAGCCCCUCGUCUAGGCCCUGAGCGUGAGCGUUACUUUCUGGUGGUCGUUGACGACUUCUCCCGCUACACCACAGUGUUCCCUCUGGCGAAGAAGUCUGAGGUGACUUCUACGCUGAUCAGGUGGUUGCUCACCACUGAGGACACUCGUGGUCGUCGUGUCAGCUGUCUCCACUCCGACCGUGGGGGUGAGUUUCGCUCCGGCAUUCUCGCUGGAUUCUGUCGCGAGCAGGGCAUUCGUCAGUCCUGGACGCUUCCAGAGUCCCCACAGCAGAAUGGGGUUGCUGAGCGCCGCAUAGGCCUGGUCAUGGAGAUCGCCCGCACCUCCCUGACUCACGCCUGUGCCCCCCAUUUUCUGUGGCCCUACGCGGUCAGGUACGCCGCGCACCAGCUGAACCUCUGGCCACGUGUCUCUCGACCAGAGGUUUCACCGACCAGUCUUUGGACAGGGUCCCCUGGUGUUGCGUCGCGGUUUCGUGUCUGGGGGUGCUUGGCUCUUGUCCGCGACACCUCCGCGGACAAGCUCUCGCCUCGUGCCGUCCCCUGUGUCUUCCUUGGUUUCCCUGAGGACUCCUCUGACUUCACCUUUUACCACCCUCCCUCUCACCGGUUCUUUGACUCCCGUGACGUCCGUUUCGAGGAGUCCACUCCGUACUACGUCAGGUGA